GUGUUAUUUGAGCGACUAUGUUCAAAGAAAAGCUGGAAUCCUUCAAAAUCUGUGAUUAGUUCAAGAUGGACGUGUCCCAUUCACAGGGACAAAAGUUCACAGUUGCAGCACCAUUACAUGUUCAGAGGCUUCACAAGGCCCUGAAUUUAGACAUCUUUCUUCGGCAGGCAGAGCAGAUAUUGAAAGAUGAUGUCAGUGAAACUGAAGAAAGCAGCGUGAGUGAUCUAGACAUCAAUUACGAUCAGAAAUUGAUUUCAAAAUCUCAAAAAGCAAAUGGAAUCAAUGAGGAAGGUCCGUUCUGGGACAAAAGAAGUCUUUAUGAUUUUUCAAAAGUGAAGAAGAACAGACAGUGGCUGAAGGAAGUUUUGCUGAGUGAUAGCUCUGAAAGUUCCAAUGAUGAAGAUGAUCCAGUUACAGAAGAAGAUUUCAAACAAAUGCUUCGUGUUCAUAAGGAACAAAAACUUUGUAGGAAAAGAUUUUUAAAUGACAGAAAUCUGGAGCGCUACAAACACUACAGUAUUGGUUUGGUAAAUGGUCAAGAUAGAUUUCAUGACAUCCCAAGACCUCUGGUGCAGAAAAAACUCAAAGAGAAGACAACUGUUAGUGAAAAAUCGAAAGGAAGGAAGGAAAAGUUGAAGUGGAAGCAAAAGAAGAAAGUACCUGAACAGAAUGGGGGCAAGAAAACAGUGGAUGAGAAACCAUCCAAGAAGAGGAAGGAAAGGGCAAAAGAUGCUGAUGUUAAAAGGAGGAAGAUUUGGGCUUUUAUUGUGCGCAAGGAGAUACCAAAGACACAAAGACACAAGACAACAUCAAGGAAUACAAGUUUGCAGAAUGCCAAAAAGCUUGCACAGUUGUGUCAAAAAGAAAUGAAGCGAGAAGCUUUAAGAUCACAGAAAGCAGCAUCUCAAACUGUCCCUCGAGCAAGAAGACUUGCAAAGGAGAUGUUACUUUACUGGAAGAAAUAUGAAAAAGUCGAAAAGGAACAUCGUAAGAAAGCAGAGAAAGAAGCUAUUGAACAAAGAAAGAUUGAUUUUGAAAUGAACGAGGCCAAAAGGCAGCAACGCAAAUUAAACUUUCUCAUCACACAAACCGAACUUUACGCUCAUUUUAUGAGCAGGAAACUAAAAGAAUCUGUAUCAUCAGAAAAUGCCCAAGUUGAUGGUAUUUUAAAGAAGUUAGAACUUGAUACAGGUGGAUCGAGAGUAAAAAACAUUGGUGGGAGUAUGGUGGUUGAUCUCGAACAUAAAGAUGAUUACGAUUGUGAAGCAGUGAAAAAUCAAGCAUUUGAGAACGCAAAAAAAGCUUUCAAAGCUCACGAAUCAUGGACAAAGGCAUUUGAUGAUGAGGUCAAAAAACCGAUGAACCAACAAAACUUUGAUCAAGCGUUUAGUCUUGCUGACCCCACAAUCAAAGGUCAGGACGUUGAACAACCCACGAUAUUUGAUGGUAAACUAAAAUCAUACCAACUCAAGGGUAUGAAUUGGCUUGUGAACUUAUAUGAACAGGGUAUUAAUGGGAUUUUGGCAGAUGAAAUGGGGCUUGGGAAGACAGUCCAAUCCAUUGCUUUUCUUUCGUAUCUUGCUGAGGCUCACAAUAUCUGGGGUCCUUUCCUUGUUGUUGCACCAGCCUCCACUCUACAUAACUGGCAACAAGAGGUGACAAGAUUUGUGCCUGCUUUUAAGGUUCUUCCAUAUUGGGGCAAUCAAAGUGAUCGAAAAUCUCUGCGCAAAUAUUGGAACAGAAAACAAACGGAUAUUCACGAUCGAGAGAACGCCCCAUUUCACGUGUUGAUCACUAGCUAUCAACUGGUUGUGCAAGAUGUACGCUAUUUUCAGCGAGUGAAAUGGCAAAAUCUUGUGCUAGAUGAGGCACAGGCAAUAAAGAGUAGUUCCAGUGUACGUUGGAAGAUUCUUCUUGGUUUUACAUGUCGAAAUCGUCUUCUUCUUACUGGAACUCCCAUACAAAACAGUAUGGCUGAGCUUUGGGCAUUGCUUCAUUUUAUUAUGCCAACAUUGUUUGAUUCACACGACGAGUUUAAUGAAUGGUUUUCAAAAGACAUUGAAAGUUCAGCGGAGAAAGGAUCAACGAUGGAUCAAAAUCAGCUGUCGCGUCUUCAUAUGAUCCUCAAACCGUUUAUGUUGCGAAGAAUUAAGAAAGACGUUGAAAAUGAAUUGUCAGAAAAGAUUGAAGUAAAAGUGAUUUGUGAAUUAACAUCACGUCAAAAAUGGCUUUAUCGUGCCAUACGAAAUAAAAUUUCCAUUGAAGAUCUUGUUCAAACCUCUACAUCAACAUCAACGUCAUCAUCUGCUACCAAUAACCUCAUGAAUAUUGUUAUGCAGUUUAGAAAGGUCUGCAAUCAUCCAGAAUUAUUUGAACGACAUGAAGUAACUUCACCUCUUAAUUUAUCCCUCAAAUCAUUCCCGUUACCAAAGUUGAUAUUUCGAGAAGGCCUGCUGUGUUUUAAUAAUCCAAUGAAAUCCAAAAUUUUGUACAAUUUGAUGAAUGUUGGGACAGAAAAGUAUAUUCAUUAUUCCAUGUUUCCCAAAGAAAAUUCUGAACGUGAAAGUCUUCGAUGUUUUCAUUUCUUCGGUUUAUCAACCUGUCAUCGUCUGAGGCUUGUUUAUGUUUUGUUGCUACUUUUGGAGGACGCUUAUCGACUGUAUCAUCGCAGACUUUGGGAGGAUAAAGACACUCAGACUAGUUUACGCAAGUGUCUAAAUCGAAGCGACUUGAUAUUGUGGCCAUCUUUUCGAUUUUCUUAUCCCGCAAUACAUUCUGGUCCAAUCAUGAACGAGCUUGUUUUCACGAGACCAACAAUGUCAAUUAGUGGUCACAUGACUCACAAGAUACUUCCCAUCAUAUCUGACGAUGAUCAUAAACGUCAUCACGUGGUUGAAAAGAACAGUCCACGUGCGAUAGAAGAUUCCCCAUUGCUCGACCAACCCCUCUCACACUCCAUGGACGUCUCUUCUUCACGGUUAAAACAUCAUCCACCUUCACCAACUAAAAGCUCUUUUUCGAUCCCUAAACAUCCCCUUUCUAAAAACACUGAUUUUCACUGUAUCGAAUCGGAUCUUUCUUAUCCUGUUACCAACGACGAGACGUCACAAUUGAGGCACAGCAUCAAUCCUAACUUUUCUCAAGGAAAGACCACUGAAAGGAGAAAGAAUGAAAUUGUUCUUAGAAAAUUACAACCGACAUCACCUCCAAAGUUUUUAUUAUCUUAUGUUCCCAAGGUGAUAUCCCAGCCUGCGGGCUUUUACACCUGCGACCGCAAUGCGGCGUACAAAGCGCGGGAAAUGAAAAGAUCUUCGUCAGAUUUACACAACAAUCUAGUUCUGUACGGCGCUCUGGAUUAUGAAUAUUUGGAACAGAGGAAACAUCAUUUCUUUCCUCAAACUUUGGGUGGGUUUAUUGGUAUGGACCCACAAGGAGGCUGGUCACAUAUACAGAUCCCAGAUCGCGAAAUUCUUGUCACAGAUAGUGGUAAAAUGAAAGAGUUAGAUCGCUUAUUGACGAGAUUAAAAUUUCAAGGUCAUCGCGUCUUGAUCUACUCUCAAAUGACGCGAAUGAUUGAUCUUCUGGAGGAAUACAUGGCAUUUCGCCAACAUAAAUACAUGAGACUCGAUGGCUCAUCGAAGAUAUCUGAGAGACGAGAUAUGGUGGCAAACUUUCAAACAAAAACGGAUAUCUUUGCUUUCUUGUUGAGUACUCGAGCUGGGGGACUGGGAAUAAACCUUACUGCAGCAGACACUGUAAUAUUCUACGAUAGCGAUUGGAAUCCAACAGUUGAUCAACAAGCAAUGGACAGAGCUCAUCGACUUGGGCAGACAAGACAAGUGACCGUUUACAGAUUAAUAGCAAGGGGAACCAUCGAGGAAAGGAUAUUACAGCGAGCACAAGAAAAGAGUGAGAUUCAAAAGAUGGUUAUAUCUGGAGGUCAGUUUAAACCUGAUGCGCUCAAACCCAAAGAGGUCGUAUCCCUGUUGCUUGACGAUGCCGAGAUGGAAUGUAAGUUUAUACAGAAACAGGCAGAAAAGAAGGCGGACGAUCAGAAGAAAAGGCGGGAGAAAAAACGAAAGACGCCUGAAAGCGGUCCUUUAGUACAGGUGAAUAAAGAAAGUGAGCAAGAGAACGCUGUACCAAAGAAACGUGGUCGCAAAAAGAAAUUAUUUGAGGAGUUGCCAUAUCCUAUGGCGAGCGAAACCCGUGCACCUUCUGACAUUGGUUCGGCAAAUGGCGAGAUAGUUAACAUGAAGAUGGAAACCGCUGACAUAGAUGUAUCGAUUGCAGAUGACGUUAGCAUUCAAAGUUUGGACGAUGUUUCAGUGGCAUCUGGUGAUGGCCUUGUUAUUGACCUUAGUAUGCACACUACACCAGGUAAAAGUGAUCCGGACACUAGUCGUGACAGUCCCAUUCCUCUGUCCGGUUCAAAAUCGCGCGGCCGAGUAAGAGGAAGAGGACGAACUCGAGGACGUGUAACCACCCGCGGACGUGCACGUGGUAGAGCCCGCGGGGCUUCGGGAGCAAUGGCAGCGGCAGCAGCUGCAAUGGCUGGCGCAGCAGCCGGGUCAGCUGCUGCGUAUGCAGCGUACGGCUUCAGUUAUCAAGCAAAUACCCCAGCUGCCCCAUCAAGCCAUGUCAGCCCUGUGACGUCAGGAACCAUCGCGUCCAAUGGUAGUGGAACUAAAAAAGGGACUGGAUUGACUUCUUCAAGCUUUGCUGCAAAGUAUAAUGGGAACUCUGCCAGUGACGUAGAUUAAGUCAAUUCCAGCGAAACAAACUUCAAUACUGUGUAAAUUAUUAAUGAAUAUAAAGAAUACGAUACAUUAUUGAAUAUACGUAAUAAUGUGUA